CGGUCGUGCACCUUUCUCGCUAGGUCCGUGUUCUCGUCUAUUGUUUUAUUGUUUUUUGUAAGUUUAAUUUCAAACCUCAUGGUGGGGCGUGCUGCGCGUGUUUCGUGACAAAAUCCGUGAAGUACGCCAAGAACAACGAGGGCCAGAAUUUGUGACCCCGGAUCUGUCUGCAGGUGCAGGAGUGCCGUGUCCGUGAGCCGUGCCAUGAGAUAAGGCUAAUAACUUAUCUCUAACCCCCGCCCGGGGACCGAUAAGUGCGCGAAAGUCACCUCCCAUCGAAAUCCGUUACCCGCGCCACCGAGAACAAGACCAUCCCAGUGUGUUUUUCGGUGCGUGCGGCGGUUUGUGUGUGUGCCUCACGAGCUUCUUUACUGGAGCCUAACCCACCACCAGCAGCAGCAGCAGCAGCCACCAGCAGAGAUAAUUCGCGAAUCUGACCCCCUUCUGGGGCCGUUUGGAGCGUGUCAUCCGGUUGUCACCUUCAGGGUGGACGAGUUUCAGGGCCGCAGCUUCUUCGAUUCUCCGGUUUGAUCAUCCCGGGCUACCGCGCUGCCUCCCCUCGCUCGCUCGCUCUCCGCAGCCACCGUCGAUCGACAGCCAUACAAUUUACGUAAUGUUCACGUUUCCUGUGUACAACUCGCUAUUGAAAGCCGGAUGUGUCCGGCGGCGAUUCGAUGAAUCAAAGGGGGUGAUUUAUGUGACCACUCGGUUAUGCUGGCGACAAUUGAAUCGCCGCCCCUCUUGCAGCGUUUUGAACACAUUCGCAAACAACUACUUUGACCUUCAUUAAUUCGUCUGUCCAGUUGCUUUUUUUUACAAAAGAGCAAAAGCUAAGCUCUACAAUGCCCCACAAAGUUUCGCUAAUAAGCAACUUCAAUCGAAGUUCGUAUAACAAAUUACCUUGCCGAUGAUAAUUCACGACGCCCAAGUGCUUAUUACGAGGAGCAGCAAAUUUAGAAAUUACCACUCGAUAACUGCAGACCGAAGCCCGGCUGAAUGAUAUAAACCCAUUUUCUAAUUAAUCUACUCGCCUUCGUCAUAGAUCACUACGACGUCCUCGUCCCACCAAGGUGUGCGGUGUAUAGUUUUACAUAAUUGCUUAUCGUUAACGAUGAUUUAGUGGCUUCCGUAAUCACUAGCACCCUCGCCACCCUCGUCUUCGGCCACUUCAAACACCUCGUUAAGCAUUAGUUCCAUUGUUGUUGUUGCUGCUGAAGGAGAUACAACCGCCGUAUCACCGUUUAAAAAAAAAACCCAAACCACCCGCCCCAAAAACCAACCAAGAAUGCGCGAAGCCGUUGCUGGAAGUGGAAUUGUGACACCACCCCCGGCCGCCAGUCGUUGCUACACGUCGGCUCCUGGGGUUUGAGUUGGCCUCCUCUCCAUUAGUUACCCAUUUUCGACACGAAAGUUUUACGAAAGACCUAUGCCGCCCCCUUCAUCACCGCCGGCGCCACAGGUGCUGCACGCGCCGAGGACGUACAGAUGGCAAACUUUCUUCUUCGCCACUCUUAGUUUAAUAUUUCGCAAAACGGUGCCAUACUACUCCUUGGGAGGUGGCUCCCGUGCCACUAUCAGUAGGACACAAUCUCCGCUUCUACGCCAAACAGGAAGCAACCCGGCAUUUCCACCCAUCCAUCCAUCCAUCCAUCUACAAACUGGUCCCCCUGUUCGCGUCCGUUGGCUGGUGAUGGCGUUUGGUCACGCCAUCACGGGAUAGGCAUACGCCGUGGCCCACGUCCAGCCAGGUGAACCAUAGAAUCACGUUGCAGGACGGCUCAGGUGUUUGGCGAGCUGGCGAGAGGAGGUAUUCCAGUUCGUUUCGUCAUCUAUUGCCCGCUGCUGCUUCUGCUGCUGGCGCUGCUGGUAGACGUCACUGUAGAUUGUAACAUUGCGUGCAGCAGUAAUCUCGAUUUCGGCGGUAUCCAGCAUCGACCACUUCUGACGCAAUAGGACCCCGGGGAGAGGGGGUAUAGAUUGUAGGUCAUGUUUGUACACCCGGUCGCCGUUCGUUGUUCAAGGUCGCGUCGCGGCAUUGGCUUCGAACGGUUCGUGGCUUUCUAAUUCUUAGAUCUUUCUGCAAACUCACUACGCUUACUGCAGCAAGGGAAAGUGCAUUUAUCAAAGUGGAAAUCGUGUUGAAGUGAAAUCGAAUAUAGUGCAGUGCCCUGGACGCGAGCGCUGGUGGUACUAUAUGAUCGUGUAAGCCAAAGCAUCAUCAUCGUUCAGUGCCGGGAACGCAAAGUGCACGGGUUUAGUGUUUAGUGAGAAAGUUCGGAACAGCAGGCCGUGUCACGCAUUAGCUGCUCUGGGUCAGCUGCUAUGCUUCAGCGAGCGGUUGCUAGGUGUUACCUGAUGCGAAAGCAGUAGCAGUUGAUCGUUUGCUAAGACCCGGAACCUCCCCCCGCCGUGUGUCGAAGAUUGACUCCAUUAUGAUGGACGUAGGUGGCUAUAAACCCAAGCUGGAACAUCCGGCAUCCGGCGAUAGCGCGGACGAGCU